UACCCUGGUUGCUGAUGACGACCAAACGAUCAGCUAGAUUCAACAAAAUAUUCAUAAGGGAAGCCGACGGGAUAGACAUGAAAAAAGUAACAGACUCAUUUUUUAGAUAUUCUGUUGCGAACGCGCCAAAGGAGGAUAUGGUUCAGUCGAUCCCACAGCAGGUGGCAGUACUGGUAACCGACGAAACGAAAGACGUAAUUUGUGAUCCGGCGAUUGGGAAGGCGUGGUUGGGACGGUUGGGACGGCGUGUCUGGAAGGUCUGGAAGGAUCGGUAUUAUUAUAUUCUAUUGCAGAAGGUCUUCCCAGCACACAAGAUGGCUAUUCUGGACUGGACGUGGCUAUGCCUAGUUUGGACCCUACUUGUCCUGGCGGCAGGAGUGGUACUGUACUUCUGGGGUACCAGCACAUACGGCCGGUUCACAAAGCAAAAUAUACCACACCUUAAACCGCUUCCAUUCAUUGGAAAUAUGGCACAGUAUAUGGGGAAGAAGUCCUUUUUUGAACUUUUACAGGAAGGUUACAACCAAUUCAAAGGCCGCCAGUUUUAUAUUAUGUUCAUGUUUCGGAUGCCAAUUGUUUACGUGAGAGAUCUGGAACUUAUCAAAACCAUCACUGUGAAAGAUUUCGAGUACUUCACGGAUCACCGAACAGAUUUUUUUGAAAGCAGAGAGUCGAUAUGGUCGAAACCGCUCGUUAUUCUCAAGGGCCAGCGCUGGAGAGACAUGCGGGCCACAGUAAGUCCUGCUUUCACAUCCAGCAAGAUGAAGAACAUGUUUGUGUUGGUGAAUGAAUGCAGUGAGCAGCUGCUAGACUUCCUGGAACAGAGCUAUCAACAGCCACUAGAAACCGGCUACAAAAUCAAAAGAGAUGGUGAUUUGUUGGUGCUGGAAGUAAAGGAAUUGUAUACCCGAUACACAAAUGAUGUCAUUGCCACAACAGCAUUUGGGCUUAAAGUUGAUUCCCUAAAACAUCCAACAAAUGAAUUCUAUAUGAUGGGGCAAGAUGCCACCAGUUUUGGUUCAAUCAAAUUUUUAAUCUUCUUGUCAAUACCAAAGGUCAUGAAGUUUUUGGGCAUUAACCUCAUACCAGGGAAGAUCACACAAUUCUUCAAGACAUUGGUACUUGACACAGUUGCCACACGAGAACGAGAAGGCAUCAUCAGACCAGACCUGUUGCACUUGCUGAUCCAGGCUAAGAAGGGAACUCUACAUGAAGAGGACUCUGCAGAGGAUCAGAAGGGUGCCAAGAUAAGUAAGCCACAAUUAGAUGAUGAAGACAUCAUAGCUCAAUCCCUCCAGUUCUUCUUGGCUGGAUUUGACACAUCUUCCACACUUAUGAGCUUUGUCUCUUAUCUGCUGGCCAUACAUCCAGAUGUACAAACUCGGUUGCAGGAGGAGAUUGACAAAACACUGAAAAAGCAUGAUGGGAAAUUUACGUAUGAGAUGGUCCACAGCAUGAAGUACCUCGACAUGGUCGUGUCAGAAACACUACGCCUGUACCCACCAGGAGCAGCUGUGGAACGAGUUUGUGUUAAAAACUACACACUGAAAUCUGAUCCUCCACUGGAAUUGCGUCCUGGAGACAACAUUAUGAUCCCUAUCUAUGGGCUGCAGCAUGACCCCAACUACUUUCCUGACCCUGAGCGCUUUGAUCCGGAACGAUUCAGUGAUGACAAUAAGCACAACAUCAACCCAAUGACAUACAUACCUUUUGGAUUAGGCCCAAGAAGCUGCAUUGGCAACAGAUUUGCUCUCAUGGAAACGAAAUCAUUGUUGGCACACCUGCUGUCACGUUUCAGCGUGAAAGUGAUUUCUAAGACACCAGUUCCUAUCAAAGUAAUACAGAAGGGUUUCAACGUAACUGCAGAAGGCGGUUUCUGGUUGGGUCUAGAGAAGAGGACCACUUAAACUGUGUACUAUAUUGUGUUUGUGCAUAGAAAAUGUGUAUUACUUACAUACAACAUAUACUGUAAUAUUUGUAUCAUAAUAUUCACAAUAGUUUGAACUUAUGUUUUGUAUGUAACACUGAAGGAUAAACCCAUACAGUGAGAAACAGAAGUAAAGUUCAGGCAGUGAUUAUGAAAUAUUUGAACAGUAUUGAGAGAGAAGAAGAAUAAGAAAGGAAAGAAUUAGAAAUGAAAUUUUUAGAGAAGAAGUUAUAAUUAAGAAUUUAUUAAAAGAUUUGGAAGGGAAACCAUUGGAAUAUUUUGGCCAUGUAAAAAUAAUGAAUGGAACAAGGGUAUUGAGAAGGGUAUUAGAAUUAAAAUGUGAAAGAAUGAAAUAUAUGCAACAAUCCAGAAAGAUGUGGUUAAUUCAAGUACUGAAAACAUCAAUAUGAGGGCUGGGAAAAAAAAAAAUUAGAAGGAAAAUUGUGGUAUGUAGGAAAAAUUUUAGACCCUCUGUGUGUAGACUGCUACAAAAUGAAAACAAAUCAAGAACAACAGGAACAGGGGGAGGAGAAAAAGAAAUGAUUUAUUACUACAAAAUUGAUGAGAAAAAUAUUUUUUACCGACAGAUAAGUAUAUUUGAGCAAGGUACAUUCCCCAGGAUUCAAGACCAGAUUGUGAAAUUUCAGUAUGAAGUUAAGACGUUGUUGAUGCUCUGUGAACUGCAAAGUUAUGUACAGGCCAUGUGUUUAGACAUGGAGAAAUAUGGCAAGAAAUAGUGAGGCAGUGUUUGAAGCUUCAUCAUGGGGGUGAGGAAGGGUGAGACACUGUUAAUCCACAUUCUCUCUGCAUUCUGAGUUAGUGGAAUCACUCAAAUCCAUUGCGCAUUCUCGUGAGAACCACCAGGUCUAAAAUCAUGGACAGAACUGUCAGAUGAUAUACAGGAACAUUAUAUGUGAUGAAUGAAGAGAUGGAGAGGAAAUGAUCAAAUUUUUCCAUGUGAUUGUUUAAAGAGUUCAUGAGUCAGAUUACAUUAGUUAAGAUUUUGUUUUAUUAAAGUAUGGUACAACAUUGAAAGCUUGUAUUGUAAUCAACCAAUGUUCAUAUCAACAUCAUAAAAAUGUUUAUAUAGAAUAAUGCAUCUCAACUAACAUAGAUGCUGACCCAGUGCUGGUGUGAAAAUAGAGACACCAGACUCCUCAGAAAUGUUGGUGCCUGCUUGCUUGAGUAGAUCACAUCCCAGAAGACCAUAAUCUUAAGAAAAUGAUAACCAUUAAAUACAUUUUCAGCA